AUGCUUAAUGACUGUGGGAUGCUAGAGUUUCCUUUCUCAGGGGAUAUGCUCUCUUGGGUAGGGAAGAGAGCAGGGGGAACAACUGUUCGAUGUUGCUUAGACAGAGCGGUAGGAAAUGCAGAUUGGCAUGAGAAGUUUCCCCACUCAUCUGUGAAGUAUAUGAGGCUAUGGGGAUCGGACCAUCGUCCGAUUCUUGCAGACAUACUCACAAAGCCAACGAGAAGAUCAAAAAAAUUUAAAUUCGACAGAAGAUGGCUAGACAAUGAGGAACUAAGGCAAGUAAUUCUGGAGGGGUGGAAAUCUCCUGAUCUUCCCCCCAAUGCAACUAUAAUGGAACAUAUCUCCAGUUGCCGAAAAGCCUUGAGUGAGUGGAGGAAACAACACAAUAUUAACUCGGCGAAGUUAGUGGAGGAGCUCAAGGAGAAAGUCGAGGGUUUAUACGCUGACGAUAAUGCGACGACAGAAGAAAUUGCAGCAAGGCUAAAGGAACUCUCUGAUGCUCUAAAAGCAGAAGAAAUGUUCUGGAAACAGAAGAGUAGAGUAUUUUGGUUGAGAGAGAGAGAUAAAAAUACAAAAUUUUUCCAUGCCUUAACGAAGCAAAGGAGAGCAAGGAACAAAAUCACGCUGCUACUGGAUAUAAAUGGGAAUUUAGUUGAGGACGAGGAAGGCCUGGUAGCCAUUGCUACUAGCUAUUUUAGGCAGAUCUUUGAGUCUUCUAUUCCAGAAGACAUUGAAGAGGCAUUAUCUGAAGUUCCUACGACGAUUACGGGAUCAAUGAAUGAAAGCCUCACAGCUCCUGUUUCUGAAUGGGAAGUCAAAUUAGCUCUCUUUGCCAUGCAUCCAGACAAGGCACCAGGACCAGAUGGGAUGACUGCACUUUUUUACCAGAAGUUUUGGGAUAUAGUCAAAGAGGACAUGACUCUUAUGGUUAAUAUAUUCCUCUUUGAUGGGACUAUGGUCAAUGGUCUGAAUGAUACAAAUAUAUGUCUUAUCCCAAAGACAAAUAAGCCUAAUGAUAUGGCUCAAUUUAGACCCAUAAGCUUGUGCAAUGUCAGCUAUAAGAUUGUCUCUAAGGUCUUAUGCCAGAGACUAAAGAAAAUAUUGCCGGGAGUGAUAUCAGAAACCCAGUCAGCCUUUGUUGCUGGAAGACAGAUUUCGGAUAAUAUCAUGAUUGCUCAAGAAAUGUUUCAUGCCCUGCGAACUAAACCGAGUGGACGUAAUAAAAGGAUGGCCAUCAAGACUGAUAUGAGUAAAGCAUAUGAUAGAAUGGAAUGGUCGUUUAUUGAAGCAGUGAUGAGAAAGAUGGGUUUCUCCGAAACAUGGAUCACUUGGAUCAUGAGGUGCAUUACGUCGAGGAUUAAUGCGAACACCAGGCAAGAGAUUAAAGAUGUACUGGGAAUACAUAAUGAUGGGGGAAUGGGAAAGUACUUGGGAAUCCCAGAGGAUAUCAGUGGUUCAAAAUGCAAACUCUUUGCAUUUCUAAAAGAUAACCUGAUGCAUAGAGUAAAUGGAUGGACAGGUAGAUGGCUCUCAAAAGGAGGAAAUGAGGUAAUGAUCAAGUCUAUUUUGCUCGCUCUUCCGACAUACGUUAUGUCAACGUUUUUUCUCCCAUUGGAGAUUUGCGAAAACCUCGCUAGUGCCAUUGCACAAUUUUGGUGGAGUUCAAAUCCACCAAAAAGAAGAAUACAUUGGGCGAAAUGGGAAAAGGUUUGUUUACCAAAAGAAGAGGGAGGGAUUGGCUUUCGCUUAAUCCAUGAGUUUAAUCUAGCAUUAUUGGCAAAGAAAUUAUGGAGAUUGGUUCAGUACCCUGACUCACUGGUGGCCCGAGUCAUGAGGGGUAGGUAUUAUCGAAUGACAUCACCUUUAGGUGUAAUCUCUGCAAGUAGCCCAUCAUAUGUGUGGACAAGCAUUUACGCCGCAAGAAAGCUUUUGCUCCUGGGAAUAAGAAAGAAGAUUCAUUCUGGUUAUGAAGUCAAGGUGUGGGAGGAUCCGUGGAUUCCAACGACACCUGCUAGACCAGCUACACCUGUAGCACCUGUGAUGCAUCCAAAUAUGAGAGUCAGUGAUCUCAUUAACCAGGAAUCGAAGGAAUGGGACAUAUGGCUACUAGAGGAUUAUGUCCACCCCGAUGAUAUACCUCUCAUACGCAGUAUGGCCAUAAGCUCUACUCAUCGACGUGAUACUUUCUGCUGGAACUACACGAGGAAUGGCCAAUAUACAGUUAAAUCUGGCUACUGGGUUGCUCAAAAUCUAUUGAAAUCCAGAAGAAGAAAAAGAAAUACUGGAACCGAGCAUCACUAA